AUGGAUAGGACCUCGGAAAAACCUUAUAUUAUGCCAACCGAGGCGUUUCAAGAUGCUGGUAUAACAAAUUCAGAUAAAUUAUUACAAGAAAUCACUCGACGUGCAAAUUCGUCCACAGCUUGUCCAUAUACAAGACAAGCAAAUAUCACAAAAUGUUGUACAAAUUAUACUGGUAGCAAUUGUGAUCAAAUAGCAAAUGGAAAUUCGAGCCAGCUAGCUGAUAAUUCUCCUCUACCAUUUGCUACAUGUGUUCUUUGGGGUUUAUUCCAUUAUCGGACCUUCGAUGGUACACACUUUGAAUUUACCGGUGGUUGUAAAUAUAAAUUGUCUGGUACAAGAAGCUGGCAAGUUAAUUUUGAACCGCAAAACUGCUCCAGAUACGAAACAUGCGUCAAGAGCCUUUCAAUGCUGUUUGGCUCGGUGACAGUUGUUGCUACUGGUCACAAUGUGACUGUCAAUAAUAUUCAAUUAGGAGAUACCGAUGGUAUAACAGUUAGUGGUGUGACGAUUGAGCGGCGAGGAAACUACACUCGUCUUGUAUAUUCUGAUGGUGUUCGUGUAAAAUGGGACGAUGCUACUGUGAUCGAUGUUACAGUUGAUGAAAGCUUUAACGGGCAAGUGACCGGUCUCUGUGGUGAUUACAACGGAGUUACUUCUGAUGAUCUCACACUAACUGAUGGGACGGUAGCACCAACAGCAGCCGUUUUUGGAAACGACUGGCGCUUGGAUACAAGUUGUUCAGAAGUACCGUCACUAGGACAAGCAUGUUCAACAGCUGAGUUACAACUAAAUGCAACAUCAGCAUGUCAGAUAUUAAGUGAUCCCAGUGAUAUUUUUUCAGCCUGUCUUCAAGUGGUUGAUUCACAACGAUUUUAUAAUGCUUGUUUAAUUGACUAUUGUAUAACAUCAAAAAACCAUCCAGAAGAAAUUCAGUCGGCCUUAUGUAAUUCUUACUCUGCAUUAGCACGCGAAUGUACAGAUAAUUUUUUGGAUAUAUCAUGGAGAACAAAAGAUCGAUGCCCAAAAAAUUGUCCAAACGAUAUGGAAUAUGUUGAAUGUGCAUCAAAUUGUCCAAAAACGUGUCAGAGUUUAAAUCAAUCACUUGCUGAUACGGAUAAUUGUAAAUCCGAUUGUUCACCUGGUUGUAUUUGUCCGAAUGGUACUGUUCUUGAUUUGGGACAGAAUCAACAAUGUGUUCAACCACAACAAUGUAGCUGUUACUAUCGUGGACAGUAUUAUCCAGUUGGUUAUAGUAUAACUAGUGAUUGCAAUCAAUGUACCUGUCGAAUUGGCACAUGGAGUUGUUCUAAAAUUCCUUGUGCUCGGACAUGUACUGUAUUUGGCAAUGGACACAUCGAUACUUUUGACAAGAAAAAAUAUACACUCACUGGAGCAUGUCAGUACUCAUUACUCGAGGGUUUGAAUCCUGAUAGUUCAAAUAAAUUACGUGUGAUGUAUACGAGUACAGAAAAUAUUACUACAAAUGAAUUGAUAGUGUCACACUAUGAAAAUAUAGUAACAAUAAAAGGAAAUCAAAUAAUCAUCAAUGGUGUUGCUGGGCCAGCACUACCGUAUAAACUGAAUGAUUUAGUCGUACGAUUAGCUACAUCAGUUUUAGUUGGAAUUGAAGGUGCGAAUGCAGUUCUGAUUGAAGGUUUAUGUGGAACAUACAACUACAUAACACGUGAUGACUAUGUCACACCGAACGGUCUAAUCGAAGCCAACUUAAUUGGUUUUGCUGAAGCAUACAAAACUUCCGCAACAUGUACAACGCCUAAACAAACGACUGCUUGCAAUGUGUUUCCUGCUAAUGAACUUAAGGCAAGAGAAACAUGUCAGACAUUAUUAAAAGAUGCCGUAUUUUCAUCAUGUUCGAGUGUAUUUGAUCCGUCAUUCUACAUUGAGUCUUGUACAGCUGAUCUUUGCAGUGAUCUAUCAGCGGAUUAUCAAAAUACUUACACCUGUUACCAUUUGGCUGCGUACGCUCAUGAAUGUGCAUCACGUGGCAUUAUUAUUGAUUGGAUGAGUAGUCCACAAUUAUCUACUAGCUGUAAAGCAUCAUCAUAUGGUUCUUGUAACAACGAAAUGAAAUAUACCGAAUGUGUUUCUAGUUGCGCUUAUUCUUGUUCCGAUCUUCAAUUAGCAUCAUCAUCAUGUGACAGUCAGUGCUUACCAGGUUGUUUGUGUCCAUCGAAUACCUAUUACGACGUACGUUCACGUUCAUGCAUUGCCAAAGAGCAAUGUUCAUGUUGGGAUGAGAUAACUCAGACUAAUGUUGAACCUCAUCAAACAGUAUUUCGCUCAUGUACAAAUUGUACAUGUCUUGAAGGAAAAUUCAUUUGUAAUGAUGAAAAGUGUCUCGACACUAUGCAAUGUCCAGCAAAUCAAAUUUUUACUGCAAAUGCCAGCACAUGUCCAGUAACAUGUGAUAACCGAAUUAGUUACAAUGAUUGUGGAACAUAUAAACAAGGUUGUGCGUGUCCACAAGGCUAUGUACUAACACAUGAUGGUGUAACUUGCGUUCCAGAAAACUCGUGUCCCUGUCGUUACAACGAACAUAGUUAUUCAACUGGAGAAGAAAUUCGUCAGUCGUGCAACAAUUGCACAUGUGUUGGUGGUACUUGGAUAUGUACAAAAAAUCAGUGUGAUGGAACAUGCAUCGCAUCUGGUGACCCACAUUACACUACAUUCGACGGAUUUCGUUAUGCGUAUCAAGGCAAUUGCCAAUAUUAUUUAGCAAAGGAAAUUAAUAAUCUAUUUAGUGUGUUAGCUGAGAAUGUACCGUGUGGUACGACGGGUGUUACGUGUACUAAAAGUAUUAUUAUUGAUUAUAAAGGAGCAAGUAUUGAUUUGGUACGUGGUCGAAAUGUGAUGUUUAAUGGAAUAGAAUUAGAAACAUACACCACUGUACCGCAAAAAUUUGGCGAUGUGUCUGUGUUUGUCAGUGGUGUAUUUGUUGUUAUUAGUUCACCUGAUUUUUUAAUUAAAUGGGAUCAAGCAACAAGAAUUUAUUUAACUGUUGUUGGACAACAUCGUGGUCAUAUGCAAGGUCUUUGCGGAAAUUACAAUGACGAUAACGGUGAUGAUAUCACAACCGCGCAAGGAAUUACAGCAUCAAUUGUCGAUAUGGCCAAUUCAUGGAAAACAUCACUUCAAUGUGCAAAUUUAAACGACUCCGUCGUUGAUAAUUCAGAUCCAUGCUCGGGUCAUGAUCAGCGUCGUGAUUGGGCAACAACCGAAUGCGCUUUGAUUCGCGCGCAAUCAGAUGAUAAUCCGUUCAAUCCUUGUAUUGAACUCAUGGAUCCAACACAACUAGACAUGCAUUACAAAGAAUGUCUAUUUGACGCGUGUAAUUGUGAUAGAGGGGGUGACUGCGAGUGUCUUUGUACCGCUCUGGCAUCAUUUGGUGAACAAUGCAAUACACUCGGUGUUGCUGUUAAAUGGCGUAAACAAGAUCGUUGCCCGAUGCAAUGUGAAAACGGUAAAGUUUAUAUGGCAUGUGGUCCCAUUUGUCCGAAUACCUGUUCAGCAUAUGUUCGACCCUGUAAUCAAUUUUCAUGCAAAAAUGCACGAUGCAUUCCAAAAUCAUGGGUAUGUGAUGGUGUCCUUGACUGCGGCGUCGGCGAUGAUUCAGACGAGACAUCCGAUUGCAGAGGGGCCUGCAUUAAUCAAACACAAAUGUGCGACGGUACAAAACACUGCCCAAAAGGAGACGAUGAAGACCAUCCACAAUGCUCGACAACCAACACAACACCACAGCCUCAAACCACAACGACUCAAGGCCAAUCCACAACAACUACAAUUGAUUUCUGUUCAUUAGUGCAAGGCAUGAAUCAACCGUUAGAUUUGGUUCCAGAAGAUGUUACCAUUUUAUCUGCCAUUCCCCCGUAUACCGUGACCGAUUUAAAUCCCAACUCGACUGGCAUCUCAUUUUAUCCACAACCAGAUGACACACCGUCUAUUAUUUAUAAAUUUCCACAAGAGUCAGUUGUCACUACUAUUUCGAUACCGCCACCGUCAAUAACAAACGUUGAGGUCGUCACUGCUUAUAUUCUCUAUCCGAAUGACACACGAUCGGACGUAUUUACUAGUGGAGGUGCAUUGACAACCACAACCAGCACGACACCAAGUGGUCAAUCGACACCGUCUUCAAUCGGCGGACAAGCAACAACGCCUACAAGUGGACAACAAACAACCAUACAUUUCCCACAAGAUUUCGUUGUACCAGUAGAUUCGGAACUCUUCCUCACUUUUGAUACAACAACUGUGACCACGGACAUCAUUCAAAAUGUAACAUUGACAAUAUAUGCUUGCGUGCUUCCAUCGACAACAACAUUGGGUAGUACGACGGGCACUCCAACGACAACAUUGGGUAUUACGACGGGCGCUCCAACGACAGCAUUGGGUAGUACGACGGGCACUCCAACGACAACAUUGGGUAGUACGAUGGGCACUCUAUUGACAUCAUUAGGCACAACUGCAAGUGAAAGUACAACAACCCUUCUAUUAACAACGCCUUGUAUGAAACAAAUGGCGACUGUCAAUAGUCAAGUAAGUUUCUUUGAAAUGAAAACUUUCAUAUGCUAAUGUUUU